ACAUUUUACGUUUGCUCUGUGAAUUUACACUUUGUUUAUGCUGUUAGUUACUAGAUUUUAGAAAACGAGUGCGAAUAUGAACUAAGCUUGUGCAAGGUAGUCAUAUUCUAUCCUGUUCAAUUUUAGAAAACACAAUGCCUACACCCUACACUUAUGAUGAGGAUUGCGCCAUUGCAAAAGCUUGGGUGACACUCAAAGAACAUUUUGAAGAUCUAGGAAAUGACAUUGAUCAAUCAUCCGAUGCUUGGUGGAACCGUGUAUUCAUCAUUUUUGUGGUUUUAGACGGAAAUUGUAACUCAAGGACUUUGAAACUCGUCAGAGAAAGGUUCGUGGAGAUAUUUGAAGAAUGCGAAGCUUUCAAAAAAGAAUUGAAAUCCUUGAGGGAAGCUGAACCCGAUAUGUUGGGUGUUAGAAGAUUGGGGUUGGCGUAUGCUCGAUAUGAGAUUAUCCGUGGGAAAAAGUUUGAGCUCGAAGAUUGCUAUUGUAUAUUGGAUGGCACUACCUAUAAUUAUAAUCUUUUUGGUUAAGUGUUUAAGUGCACCGUUAUUAUCUAUUGUCUUUCAUUUCCUUCAAUGCAACGCUAUACAAGAUGUAUGUCUUUUACGAUUCAAUGAAAUGAUUUUAUGAAAUAAAAAAUUAUGAUAAUCCA